GCGGCUUGACUUGGAGAGAGCAGCGCGAUGUCUGGCAGAGGAAAGGGCGGCAAGGGGCUCGGGAAAGGAGGCGCUAAGCGGCACCGGAAAGUUCUUCGCGACAACAUCCAGGGAAUCACCAAGCCGGCUAUUCGCCGUCUGGCUCGCCGUGGCGGUGUGAAGCGCAUUUCUGGCCUGAUCUACGAAGAGACCCGCGGUGUGCUGAAAGUGUUCCUGGAGAACGUGAUCCGCGACGCCGUCACUUACACGGAGCAUGCCAAGAGAAAGACCGUCACCGCUAUGGAUGUGGUGUACGCCCUGAAACGCCAGGGACGCACUCUGUACGGCUUCGGCGGGUAAACGCUCCGACACUGAACCGCACCAACACAACGGCUCUUUUAAGAGCCACCCAAACAUCCACAAAGAGCUCUUUCUCCAUGAGUGUGUGUGAGAGAGGGAAGAGAAAAGCAGCCUAUGUAUUUUUUUUUAUUCUCAGGUAAUAUACUUGCUGUUUCGUUCUGCACUACAUUGAGCCACAGCAACGACAUCUCGUUCUAAUGUGUAUUGUUUGAUGCAAAUCUGAAUGAAAAUAAAGUAUAUUUAAAAUGAAGCAGAGAACA